CUUCGUUGCAAAUGUAAACAUCUACAUAUGUCACACAGAUCCAAAUUCUUUGCGUCGGUACAACGAAAAGGACUACCAAUACAGAUAUGUCAAAUGGAUACAACAUCAAAUGCUUCCCCAGAUGAACAAGUUGAAAGGCUGAAGGGUAUCUUUAACAAGUUUGACAUAAGAGAGAAUCCUGCACUUUAUAACAAACUUCCAUUAAAGGAUUUGGAACUCAGAAAAGCUAGUGUUCUCAUACCACUACAGUAUAUUGAUGGUGAAUUUCAUGUGAUCUUGACUUUGAGGUCAGAAAAACUGACACAUCAUGCUGGGGUAGUGGCAUUUCCCGGGGGAAAUCAGGAUGACUCUGAUAAUGAUCACAUACAUACAGCUCUGAGAGAAGCUGAAGAGGAAAUAGGGCUUCUUCCUUCACAUGUCAAGGUCAUUGGCGUGUUCUUUCCACAAAUAGUUUCACCCUUUACUCUUGUCCACCCAGUAAUUGGUGUGGUAGACUCGAACUUUGUCGCAAAACCAAAUGAAAACGAAGUCUCCUUAGUAUUUAAAAUACCACUCAGAAGAUUCUUAAGUUCUGAGAGAACAAAAGUUGUGAGCUAUCAUUCUCCUGUUGACGCAGUGUACCAUAUUCACCAUUUUUAUGAUACCUGUGAUGGAAAAUCUGUAGACACGUUUGGAUACACUGCUGCUCUGUGCGUGGAGACAGCUCUUGGUGCGCUCCAGUCAGACAAAACAUUUGUAUUCUACAACAACAUAGAAACUUCGAAAGACAAUCUGUUCCAUCCAGAGCAGUUUGUCCAUGUUCUCACACAGAUUUUGAAGAAGAAAAAGCUGCAAAACGAUUCAAAGCUUUAGCAGAUAAUUUUGCACUUUGUGCUUAUUUCACUG